AUGGGUAUCCACACAAUUGUCAUCUCGGGGCAGCUCGUCAUCGCUCUCGCCGUGCCCCCUCUACCAUCACCAGAGAUGGCGGCGCAAUCUGCCGAGAAAAAAACCUCGAAGCCUGAUCCACCCAAGCCCAAGAGACCCAAGAAACGCAAGCAACCCAGCAGCGGUCAAAUUGCCGAGGAGUUUAUCAUAAGCACGCUAGAGAAAGGCAUCGAGGGCUUGAGAAGAGAAUUCAACCGGAACCCUCGCAUCUACGAUACGGCCAAGUGCACGGUGAGCUGCCGCAAUCCGACGUUGAACAGAUACAAGGAUAUCGGUUGCCACGAUCACAACCGCGUGCACGUUGUCGGCGCCAACCCCGACGAGUACAUCCACGCAAACUACGUGGGCAUCGAGAAGAACCCGAAGUGCUUUAUCUGCACCCAAGGGCCGAUGGAGGCGACGUGCGCCGACUUCUGGAUGAUGGUUAUCCAGCAGAAAGCCUGGUCGAUCCUGAUGUUGGGCGAGUUCGAGGAGCAGAACAGGCCAAGGUGCGCCAAAUACUAUCCAGACAAGCUGGGGCAACAACUGACCUUCCAAACACGUGAUCGGGGCCCGAUCGUCGUCACGAAUUCAGGAGAGGAGGAGGACAUGGGCGGUCGCCGUUCAACAGACGAAAUGGUCCUUUUCAUCCGGCCGGGCCAUGCGGCACAGGUUCAUAUUCGCCAUAUGACGGUGCGUGGGCUCGACUCCGAGUACGAGGUCACGCACUACCAUGUUGCCGCUCGAUUCCGGUGGGUCAACUGGCCAGACCGUGGCGCUCCACCGCCCAACCAAGACCCGUUCAACCUGCUCUACGAUAUGUGUUGUGGCAGCGAUUCUUCGCCGAUCGUCCUCCACUGCUCGGCGGGCGUUGGGCGCGCGGGUGCGCUCGUGCUGAUGAGAGCCGUCCUGGAGAAGGAGCUGAGGCAAUGCCGCGCGGGACUAGUCCAGACACCGCACCAGUACUACUACGUGCACGCAGCGCUUCUCAAAUUCUUGUCUGAUACCAUCUGCAAGCGGGACAGAAUGAUAAAAUUGCGCCCGAAAGCCAUGCCGUUCUGGGCCGAUUACAAGAAGGAGAUCGACAAGGUCAACGACGCCAACAACAAAUCCACGAUGUCGUACCUGCCGAGCCUCGAAAAGGAGAAACAGAUC